CUAACAGUUCUCUUGGACCAGCAGGGGGCGCUGUAUGGAUCACAACAAACAUCAUCACUCUGCAGAGAGUCGAGCGGUGAUGUUCAUGCUCAGUAACUUUCAGCUAAGCGGCCAUCUUGUCUUCAUUCUAAAUCUUUUUAAAGAGUUUGACAAACCCACGAUGACACGUGACCAGGAGGAAGAUGACCUGCUGGAGGAGGAGGUGGGCGUGGCCCGGCCGGUGCAGCUCGUGGUGGCGGAUGAGGAGGAGCACUCGUUCUCGUUGCAGGAGGCGGCGUUGGAGCGGCUGCUGCUGCAGGAGGCGGUGCAGGACCUCAACGUGGUCGUCGUCUGCGUGGCCGGAGCUUUCCGCAAGGGCAAGUCCUUCCUGCUGGACUUCAUGCUGCGCUUCAUGUACAAACAGUGUGACUCGUGGGUCGGCGGGGAGGAGCAGCCUCUGACCGGCUUCACCUGGCGAGGCGGCUGCGAGCGGGAGACGACGGGCAUCCUGGCAUGGAGUGAAGUGUUUGUGGUGAAGAAACCAGACGGCAGCAAGGUUGCAGUUCUACUAAUGGACACCCAGGGGGCGUUCGACAGCCAGUCCACCAUCAAAGACUGCGCCACGCUGUUCGCUCUGAGCACCAUGACCAGCUCGGUGCAGGUGUACAAUCUGUCCCAGAAUGUUCAGGAAGACGACCUGCAGCACCUCCAGCUCUUCACCGAGUAUGGCCGGCUCGCCAUGGAGGAAGUCUACGAGAAACCCUUCCAGACUCUGAUGUUCCUGAUCCGGGACUGGAGUUACCCCUACGAGCACCCGUACGGUCUGGAGGGGGGGCGGAGCUUCCUGGAGAAGAGACUGCAGGUGAAGCAGAACCAACAUGAGGAGCUGCAGAACGUCAGGAAACACAUCCACUCCUGUUUCUCAAACAUCAGCUGCUUCCUGCUGCCGCACCCCGGACUCAAGGUGGCCACCAACCCGCACUUUGACGGACGCCUCCGAGGUAACCACCCACCUUCAGGUCACCUGACCUCUCAGAGUCACCUGACCUCUCAGGGUCACCUGACCUCUCUCAGAGUCACCUGACCUCUCAGAGUCACC